CCCUUGGAGGCACACCUUCAUGUUGUGAACACUAAAGAGCUCCAGGGCGCGGGAAGGUAUGAUACACCAGUGAGAAUUUUUGAGAAACUUGUUGACAAGAUGAUUUACACGUCGAAACCCGUGCCAACAAAUGUCGGACAGUUUCUGUCAGAAGUUGACGGUACAGAGACAAAAACGUUUGAACGUGUAAGCAGUGUUAUUGAGGACAAAUCGGUGAGGUUCCGUGUUCAAGAUAGAAACUUCCACAGACAGUACGCUCAUCUGUAUGCAGAGCGACUGUGGACAACCAGACCAAAACUAAUGGAAGCUGCACGAGCUAAAUGGGAUGUUGAUAUACCAGUCUGCAAACUUCAUGAACUUCAGAGUGAUGUCCGGUGUAUUGUAGUUGGAACAUUGUUCAAACAUAUGGAACUAAAACCUAACAUCUUGAAAGAAAUCAGUGAAGAGCAUAACCUGAUGCCUCAGCCAGUCCGUACAAGGUACACAGAUGAGUCCGACAAACUGAUCCUUGAAGAUGAAUUGCAAAGAAUUAUUUUAGUGGGACAACUGAAGUGUCCUACUGUUGUUACAGGAGUGAUAGUAGCAGUAUUGGGUAUGGAACCAGAAAAUGAUGGGGGAAAGUUUCAUGUCGAGGACUACUGCUUUCAGCUGUUACCAGAGCAAAUUCCUCGGCCAGUCUUCACAGAGGAAAGAUUCAUAGUUCUGGUGUCUGGCCUCGAGUUGGGUGGCCAAGAUGAACGCCUGUUCUCGCUGCAGCUGCUGGUAGAUCUUUUGGUUGGUUACCUCGGUGAUGGAGAACAGCAGCAAGCAACUUCCCAGAUUGCUUUUGUUGUUGUGGCAGGCAAUUCUCUUAGUAGCUCCACUCAAGAUCGUGACUCUUUCAACAAGGCCAAAUAUCUAGCAAAGAAAUCUUCAGCUGGUUCAGUCGAGGCUGUGAAAAAUCUGGAUCAAAUUUGUCAGCAACUGUCAAGCAGCAUGCAGGUUGCAGUAAUGCCAGGCGAGUUUGACCCUUCCAACCAUGUAAUCCCUCAGCAAGCCCUCCAUCGCUGUAUGUUUCCUUUGUCUAAUGCCUCAGGCACUUUCCGGAGUGUUACAAACCCUUUUGACUGCAGUGUUGAUGGAGUAAGGAUAUUAGGAACAUCAGGGCAGCCAGUUGAUGAUGUACGUCGUUACAGUGAUAUAGAUGACCCCUUAGAGAUUCUAGAGAAAACUCUGGAAUGGGGUCACAUUGCCCCCACUGCACCCGACACUCUUGGCUGUUACCCAUUUUAUGGAAUAGACCCUUUCAUUCUGUCUGAGUGUCCUCAUGUUUAUUUUGCUGGCAAUCAGUCAGAGCUGAAAUAUAAAAAACACAGAGGAUCACGGGGUCAAGAGGUACUUCUAGUGACUGUUCCAAAAUUCUCUCAGACUGCCACUGCUGUUUUGAUCAAUUUGCGUACAUUAGACUGCACACCUCUUACCUUCAGAGCUCAGUUCUCAGGCUUGCCUGGCGAUGUGGCUGAUCCAGAGGCAGAGAAAUGAAGACCAUUUAAUCUGUCAAAGGAAAAGCAGGAUUUACCAAAUGUUGCUGGUUGUUGAUUCCAUAGACCUGUGUAAUGUUUACUUGUGGAAGAAGAAACAGAAAAGUUCAAAGCUAAAGUGUUGAAUGAAAUCUGUAAACAUAGAGAUUUUUCUUGGUUUAAUUUUUUUUUUUGGGUAUUUUAUAUAUACGUAUAGUAGAUGCAUGCAUAAUGGAUGGAUGUGAUGUAAUGUACAGACAACCUGGCAGCAGAGGGAAAAUUUUGCAUACUUGGAUGCAAAGUGUUUGUGAAAAACUGCAAAGUGUUCUUAAUUUACUGUUCAGUUUCCCAAACUGAAAAAAUGGGAAGUAACACUUUUUUUUCUCUCUUUUUUUUUUUUUUUUUUUUUUUUUUUUGUGUGAGUGGAUUUUUGUCUUGUCCAACUUCUAAUUCUGUGAUAGUGUGUUAUUAGUGGUUUAUAUUUAAUUUUGGUAUUAUUACAAUGGGUGACACCUGUUUUGUUUAUAAGAAUGUGGUCUAUAAUGCCAUUUAGAUGAAGAAAUUAAAAAUACCUAAAAUGAAGAUCCUUGAAAGAAGAUUGAGAAAAACAUGUUAAAAAUAUUAGUUAUGCAACAGGCUUUUAAAUUCCUUUAGAAAACUGCAGAUCUUUUCAUGUGUGAGGUCUGUUCCUACUUGUUAUGACAUUUCCUAUUUGUCAUUUUUGACUUCUUUUGCUUUCCACUCAUAUCAUACAUUUUUUUACACCGUUUGCAAAGUUCAAGUUUAGUCAAUAGUUCAGCUUCAAAUUUAAGAUGUAACAUUAAAGUUGACAAUUUCUAAGCCCAAAUUCGGCUUUGUCAAAAUCAGGCCUGUCGUUCAGUAUCUAAACGAUUCUGUUAAGUAGACUAGUAGUAGAGCACCAUUUUGCUGAUUCUAAGAGAAAAAACUCCUACCGCAGCUGAAUGAAAAUUUGUACCUGCGAAGAUUUCAUUCAAAACUUUGUUACUGAAAGAUUUUGAUAGUUGUAGAAUGUUAUGUCUAAAGUAUUCCCACAAUGAAUUCAGCAAAUAC